AUGUCGUCCGCGCAAUCCCUCAACAUAGCCCAAGCCAUGGACAUUGUCAUCGGGUUCCACACCGAGACUACCUUUAUGGCUGAUGAUAUAUCAGACGACGCAGUAGGCCACCUCAUAACUCUGGGAUUCCCGGUCUCCCUUGCUCUCUUGUCCGACGCCGCGGAGGAGCUGGUGAAAAAGACUCAUCGCGACUACAAGAUAAACGCAUUGCAUACUCUGCGCACCUCAGUCGCUCUGGUCCGUUGCUCAGGCGGCUUGAACAACCUGGUAGAUCAGGUUGAGACGAGCUUGAACCUGGGAGAGGACGUUGUUGCGACGGUCAAUCAGCUCGCUGUGAUCUGCCGCGCUCGCCCCGCACAUAUGUCUUCCAGUCAACUGCAGAUGCUGGAGAGACUACUUCUCGAAAUUGAAGGAGAUCUGUGCAAGGCUGGCGAAGCCAUCGGCGUCAUUAUCGACUUCAUCGACGCAAAGGGCGAGCACCUAAAGCUGCUAGGUCAUCUACAGGAGAAAGAGCAUUUCGACCGUAUCACCUCGUCCCUCCGAGAACCUCCACUCGCACAAGAGCUGGCCGCAGUCGCACGGGAUGCUUUGGAUGUGCUGCGGCCAACUUUGUAUGAGCCGUUUUCUGUGGCCGAUCGAAGUGGCGAAGAGGUCGAACGCGUGGUGGCCGAGCUUCAAUCUCUUGACGUCGGGCAGUUGAACCGCAGCGUUUUAGACGAAAAGAUGGCCGGCCUAGUGCGCAUCCGUGACGAACUCGGUGUCCUCCAGGAGGCCCAGCCGGUACGGCUAGCGGCCUUUUCGCAAGCGCUCAAAUCCCCUGUGGCCGUUCCCACUUCUAUCCGUGAUGAAGCGUUCGAUGUCGACUUGGAGAUCCUUGAUGCUACGGCGGUCUCCUCGACCCUCGCACAAGCUGACGGCACCAUGAAGGAAAUCGUUGGUGGGGCAAAGGCCCUGCUGCAGAGACUGCACAACCAGUUCGCUGUGCCCGGUGUCCAUGAUCUGCCGCAGGAGUGA